CGCUACUACUGCUAUUGCUGCUGCUCCCUCUAAGAGCCGCCUCCAUAGUUUGAACGUUUAAACAAACGAAUCACACGCACACUAGUGUGGUACAUAUAUAUAUUCCCAUAUUUUCUUUCCCCUCCAAAAAAGAACCCCACAGAACAAAACAAAACAAAACAAAAAUUUGGUACUGCUGAAAGAAAAAAUACUUACGAUGAGACGAGACAUAGAACGGCAGCUUUGGUUAUUAGCUCCUCUGGCCUCAAAAAGCAAAUCCGUAACUCCCGCAAAUGCCAUAUGUUUCUUGUUUCUCGUCGUCCUAGUGUAUCUAGUCAUCAACUUAAUCUACUGGGCUCAUCCAGGUGGCCCAGCCUGGGGCAGGCAUAAAUGGAGCCGGAGGAGAAAUGCUUCUAGCAGUUGCAGUACUAGAACUGCCACCACUAGUACUGCUACGGUCCAGCUCAUGUCCCCGUGGAAGAAGCACUCUAAAAUAAUACCGGGGCCAAAAGGGCUUCCUUUCAUAGGAAGCAUGGACCUCAUGGCUGGGCUUGCACACCACAAGAUUGCGGCCGCGGCCGCUGCUUGCCAGGCCAAGCGUCUGAUGGCCUUCAGCUUGGGCGAGACGAGGGUGAUCGUGACGUGCAACCCGGAGGUGGCGAGGGAGAUAUUGAACAGCUCAGACUUCGGUGAUCGUCCCAUGAAGGAGUCGGCUUACAGCCUUAUGUUCAACAGAGCUAUUGGGUUCGCUCCUUACGGGGUAUACUGGAGAACCCUCCGAAGAAUCGCGGCUACGCAUCUGUUUUGUCCCAAACAGAUCAAAGCCUCGCAGUCCCAGAGGUUCGAAAUAGCUUCCCAGAUGGUGGAAACGAUGACGAGGCGUGGAGGAAAAGAAAGCGUGGUCCCCGUCAGGGAUGUGCUGAAGCUGGCUUCUCUUAACCACAUGAUGUGCUCUGUGUUUGGAAGGAAAUACAGCUUGGUGCUGCGGGAGGGGGAGGAGGAGGAGGAUGGUUCCCACUCUGAGACGGAUGAACUCAGGAAGCUGGUGGACGAGGGAUACAACCUUCUGGGUGUAUUCAACUGGUCCGACCACCUUCCCUGGUUGGCCGAUUUUGACUUGCAAAAAGUUCGCUUCAGGUGCUCCAACCUGGUUCCCAAAGUGAACCGAUUUGUCAGUCGGAUCAUCGACCAACAUAAGAAGAAGGCUCAGCAUCGUCAUCAGGGCGAUCAACAUACCCAAUUCGACCGCGAUUUUGUGGACGUUUUGCUCAACCUUGAGGGACCAGACAAGUUGUCGGAUUCUGACAUGAUCGCCGUACUCUGGGAAAUGAUAUUUCGAGGUACGGACACAGUAGCGGUAUUGGUGGAGUGGGUCCUGGCCAGGAUGGUGAUUCAUCCGGAGGUCCAAACCAGGGUCCAACAGGAGCUGGACCAACUCAGUGGCGGGGGGUCACGUGCCUUGGUGGAGCCUGACAUCGCGGACGCCGCAUAUCUGCCGGCGGUGGUCAAGGAAGUACUUAGGUUGCACCCCCCGGGCCCGCUCCUGUCCUGGGCCCGUUUGGCUGUGACGGACACCACGGUGGAUGGUCAAAACGUGCCGAGGGGGACCACAGCUAUGGUAAACAUGUGGGCCAUCACCAGGGACCCACAAGUCUGGUCGGACCCCCUGGAAUUCAAUCCCGACAGGUUCUUAACAAAGCCGGAAUGCGGCGGAGGCGGGAAUGCGGCGGGGUUGUGCGUGUUGGGAUCAGACCUGAGGCUAGCACCGUUUGGGUCGGGCAGAAGAAGCUGUCCCGGCAAGGCCCUGGGCCUCACCACGGUGACCUUUUGGGUGGCUUCGCUUUUGCACGAGUUCGAAUUUGAGUUUGGGGGAGAGGGUGCGCCGGAUUUAGGUGAGGUGCUGCGGCUGUCAUGUGAAAUGGCGGAACCGCUGAGGGUGAGGGUGCGACCCCGGCGGCUGUUAGCCUGAGGCUUGAGUCGAUGCCGGUCGCUCAGACAGAGACCAUACACACAGUCACGCAACGACACCAAGUAGCAGACUACUACUCCUACCACCACUACUACCGAUAUGACAUAGCGGUAGUGCCAUAAAAUGUCUUCCCCCAAACCCCCUUUUUUUCUUCUCCAGAUCUCUCUUAAUAUACUUCGGUAUUUCUACAGUUACUUGGUUGUACAUAAAUCAGCAUCUUAAUAAGUAUCGGAAUGCAAUAAUGAU